AAAGAGACAGCAGACAUGCUGGAAACAUUAACCGCAGAAAGAAAAAAUAGUCCAGUGAUAACUGGUUCCACCGGCUCCUGUUGUAAUAACUGUGAUCAGUGUGUUUCUGUCUGCUUGUUUUGUCUCCUCCUCUCAGAAAUCAGCAGGCUCCUCCCCUCCAGCCCUCCCCCUUCCCCCACCUGUAGCUGUCAGUCACAGCAGACAGCUGAUGAGUUGCAGGUCUGCACAUGUGCAGGUGUGUCCUGUCAGGGAUCCAUCCGCCUGGCGGCCACCGUUCCCCUUCCUUCAGAUCCGCCGCCGGCCUUCUGGAUCUCUGAGAAGCUUCUUCAGAAGGUUUCCAGCCCCGCGUUCCCCCUGCCUGCCUGGUGUUCACACACAGCUGGAGGUUGUCUCACACACACACCACCACUGGCUGACCUCACUGUGACCCUUCAUCCCCACAACCACCGCCACACCCCCCUGAGCCCCGCCCUCCUCCUGGGAGCAACCAUGGCAUUGUCUUCCCGCUUAAAGCUGUGGGAGCAGAAGAUAAAGGAGGAGAACAAGCCGGCGGCCGCCACCAUCCCUCCACCGCCGCUGUCCGUCCUGCCGGGAGGCAUCCUGAAGCAGCUGGUCAGAGACUCAGAGAAAGAGACCAAACAUAAAGAGCCAGAGGUCAAAGAGGUCAAAGAGGAGAGGACACCGCACAAACUGAGCGACAACCUGGUGCAGCAGUUCCUGGUCCCGGAUCAGACUCCUCCCAUCCUGGAGGCCGAGAUGGCUCUGCGGGCCGAACUGGUCAACAACAGCAAAGAGAAACGAUCCGACUGCGUCCAGCCGGACGGCGGCCUGCCGGCCCAGCGCCACAUAAUGACUCCGGACUCCAACGGACAGACGCUCUCACCAGAGCCCCCGAAGCACAGCCAGCGACAGGAAAAGAAGCAAGAGGUGGUGGGCAGGAAGAAGAUGGAGCCCGAGCAGAACGAGAGGAGGACGGAGGACGGGAGGCUGGUGGAAAGCAACCAGAACGGGAUCGAGGAGAGACAGGAACCAGAGGGGAGGCAAGCUGACGCAACCGUGACAGAGCAGAACGGGAAGGAGGUGAGGGACGUGUGGUACGAGGUCGGACCUGUGUGGUUCGUCCACAAAGACGGCUUCACCCGCGCCACUCAGCUGAAGCCAGACGAAGGAACGCCUGACCUCCCGUCGGGUCGGGUCAGAGUCCGGCUGCAGACGGACGGCUCGCUCCACGACGUCACAGAGUUUGAAGUCGAAAAGUGUAACCCGUCGGAGCUGGACAUGUGUGAGGACCUGAGCGACCUGCAGUGUGUGAAUGAAAGCGGAGUUCUGCACACACUGACCAGUCGAUCCAAAGCCAGCAUGCCCCUCACUCACUCUGGACCCAACCUGGUCAGCCUGUGGCCCCCGCUGCAGAUCCACAGCAAGACCCCGAAGACGCGGCGGGGGGAGUGUGUGUGGGACGCCCCCCCUGCUCUGGACGCACUGGUCAAGCGGGUGUAUCUGUCCAUGGUGGGAACCCGGAGGGACCACAGCGUGUGUGCGUUGGGACGCAGCGGCACGGGGAAGACCACCACCUGCCAGGCGUUCACACACACUCUGCUGAAACGGGCCGGAGCGGUCGGACCCAACAUCAGCGUGGAGCGAGUGAGCGCCAUGUUCUCCAUCCUGAGGUCCUUCGGCUGUGUGAGCUCCCCGCACAGCGACGCCUCGUCUCGGUUCGCCACGGUCUUCUCUCUGGACUUCAACCACGCCGGCCAGGUCUCUGCCGGACACCUGCAGACCAUGAUGCUGGAUAAAUGGACAGUGUGUCAGAAAACUCCAGGAGAAAGCAACUUCCUGGUCUUCUCCCAGAUGCUGGCAGGACUCAGCUCAGAAAUGAGGACAGAACUGCAGCUGCACCACCUCCCUGAUUCCAACUCUUUUGGGAUCCUUCAACCCACCAAGGUUGAAGAAAAACAGCGAGCCUCUGUCGCCUUCACCAAGCUGCUGGCUGCCAUGGAAAUGCUAAGCUUCUCAGCCGGAGAGCAGAAGGCGAUCUGGCACGUUCUGGCUGCUAUUUACCACCUGGGAGCUGCUGGGGCCUGUAAAGUGGGCCGGAGACAGUUCGUGAACUUUGACAGCGCUCAGGCAGCCAGCAGAGUCCUGGGGUGUGAGGCGGAGGAGCUGGACACGGCCGUCUUCAAGCAUCACCUGCGGCAGCUGCUGCAGAAAGCCACCGGACUCAGCAGAGAGAGGAACGAGGCCGAGGAGGGUCCCCGUCUAACAGCUGCUCAGUGUGUGGAUGGAAUGGCUGCUGGUCUCUAUGAAGAGCUCUUCACUGCCAUAGUGUCUCUCAUCAACAGAGCUCUGAGCGGCGAGCAGCUAGCGUUAGCCUCUGUGAUGGUGGUGGACGCCCCGGGCCUCAGGAACCCCCGACACUCGGCGGAGGAGCGAGGGGCCGGCUGGUCAGAGCUGUGUCACAAUUACCUGCAGGAGCGGCUGCUGGAGCACUACCACUCACACACCUUCACACACACACUGGAGAGAUACACACAGGAGAGGAUCCAUGUGGCGUUCGAGUGUCCAGACAGCAGUUCUUCAGAGGUGGUGUCCGCCAUCGAUCAGUCGCCUGCGCAGGUCCGGGCACCAGAUGGAGACCCCCGAGGUCUGUUGUGGGUUCUGGAUGAAGAGAUGGUGACGCCCUCCUCCUGUGAGAGCGCCGCCCUGCAGAGAGUCUGUCAGUAUUACGGCAACACUGUACGUCAGUGUGAGCAGCCGCUGCAGUGUGAGGUGAGCCACCUGUCGGGACACGACCCGGUCCGGUACGACCUCUCAGGAUGGUUCGGUCGGAUCCAGAGCAACCCGUCUGCUCUCAAUGCCAUCACUCUGCUCCAAAGCUCCACCAUAGGUGUGGUGAAGGCCAUGUUCACCCCCAGGAUCUCCCUCCCGCCUCUGUGCCGCGGCCUGGCCGGGUUGGAGGGAGGCAGCCAGCGUGCCCUGCAGCGGAACGGAAUCAUCCGGAAAACCUUCAGUGGCGGGAUGGCGGCCAUACGCAGACACUCCCAGUGCAUAGCAGUGAAGCUGCAGGCGGACGCACUGGUGAACCUGAUCCGCCGAGCCAGGCCGGUGUUCCUACAGUGUGUCAGCGCAAAAUCGAGCAGCGGCGGUUUGGACGUGCCGGCUCUCAGAGUGCAGCUGCACUCCACCCAGAUCCUGUCGGCCCUGCAGCUCUACCGCACAGGUUAUCCAGAACACAAGACGCUCAGUGACUUCAGGUGCCAUUUCCAGGCUCUCUCUCCUCUGAUUAUGAAGCGUUACUCCUCCAUGUUUGUCAGCCAUGAUGAGAGAAAGGCAGUGGAGGAGCUGCUGGUUGAGCUGGACAUAGAUAAAAACAGCAUUGUGGUUGGAGCCAGCAGGGUGUUUAUGAAGAGAGGUGUGCUACAAUACCUGGAGCAGCAGAGGGAUCAGCAGGUGACAGGGUGGCUGAUUUACCUGCAGGCCGCCUGUAAGGGACAUCUGGGACGUCAGAAGUACCGCAAACUUAAGGCACAGCAGAUGGCGGUGAGGUGUCUACAGAGGAACCUGCGGGUUCUGAAGGCUGUAGCCGGGUGGAGCUGGUGGAAACUUUUCUGCAGGCUGCGCCCUCUGCUCGAUGUGAACAUGGACAACGAAAGACUGAGAACCAAGGAGGAUGAAAUAUCGGCUCUGAGGCGCCGCCUGGAGAAGUCUGAGAAGGAGAGGAACGAGCUGAGGCAGACUGCAGACAGCCUGGAGACCAAGGUUACCGCUGUGACAUCAGAACUAAGUGAUGAGCGUUUCCGAGGCGAUGCAGUGGGUCAGGCUCUGGAUGUGGAGAGGGCAGAGAGGCUUCGACUCAGCCGGGAGAACAAGGACCUGCUGGCUCGGCUGGAGCAGUGGAAGGUUACCAUGGAGACCCUGGAGAAGCAGCUGGAGGAGGAGAAGCAGAAAGCUCAAGUUGCUGCAAGUCAGAGAGGAGCUGCAACAGAGGGCGAGCUGGCCAUGCAGCUGGAGUGCUGCCAGACCGAGGUGGAGUUCGUCCGCAGACGUCUGAAGCAGACGGAGGAGAAGCUGGAGACGGAGAGGCAGAGCAGACAGCAGCUCGACACCAAGGUGGCAACGCUGCAGGCCCAGCUGGAGCAGUCUCGGAGGAGCGCGUCGGAGCUGAAACGCCACUGUCGCAGGGUGACCUCUGAACUCCAGGAUGCCAGAGUACUCAGCGAUGCCCUGCAGAGUCGCAUGCACGAACUGGAGCGCAAACAGAGAAGGUUUGACAGUGAGCUGGCCCAGGCUCUGGAGGAGGCCAACAGUGAGAGAGAGCAGAAGGACAAAGCCUUGCAGGAGAACUCAGCUCUGGGUUCUGAAGUGUUCGGCCUGCGCCGCAGCCUGCAGGAGAUGCAGGCUGAGAUGAGUCGCCUGCAGAGGCAGAAGGAGGAGCUAUGCGCUCAGAUCAGAGACCUGAGCCUGCCGGUCGACUUGGCCUCGGACUCGGUGCCUGACAUGAAGAAACAGAUCCGCCUCCUGGAGAGCCAGGCCAGCGAGAAAGCCAAGGAGACGAGCAAACUGUCCGCCCAGAUUCAGCAGCAGAAGCAGAUCCACAUGCGGUUCGAGAUAGAGGUGGAGAGGAUGAAGCAGAUGCAUCAGAAGGAGCUGGAGGAUAAAGAAGAAGAGUUGGAGGACGUCCAUAAGUCCUCUCAGAGACGGCUGAAGCAGCUGGAGAUGCAGUUGGAGCAGGAGUACGAGGAGAAGCAGAUGGUGAUUCAUGAGAAGCACGACUUGGAGGGACUCAUAGCAACAUUGUGUGAGCAGGUGGGACACAGAGACUUUGACAUGGAGAGGAAGCUGAGGAGAGACCUGAAGAGAACCCACGCCCUGCUGGCCGACGCCCAGCUGCUCCUCGCCACCCUGGACAGCUCAGGCCAGAACCGACCCAACGGCAGCAAAGACCAGAUCGAACGCCUGCACUGCCAGCUGGAGGAGAGCGAGGCGAGGCGGCUGGAGGCGGAGAACUCACAGAAAGCCGUCGCCAUGGAGCUGGAGAACGUCCAGCUGGAGCUGGAGAAUAUCUGCAGGCAGAAGAGUGUGGUGGAUGAACAGUUGGCGCUGCUGCAGCAUGAGAAGAUGGAUCUGCUGAAGAGGCUGGAGGAAGACCAGGAAGACCUCAAUGAGCUGAUGAAGAAACACAAAGCUCUUAUUGCACAAUCCUCCAGUGACAUCUCUCAGAUCAGAGAGCUGCAAGCCGAGCUGGAGGAGGUGAAGAAACAGAGACGCUCGCUCCAAGAGGAGCUUCAGCAGUGCGUGUCCAGGGUGCAGUUCCUGGAGUCGUCCACUGUGGGGCGCAGCAUAGUCAGCAAACAGGAGGCCCGUGUGUGUGACCUGGAAAACAAAUUGGAGUUUCAGAAGGGGCAAGUCAAGAGGUUUGAGGUGCUGGUGCUGCGUCUGAGGGACAGUGUGGUUCGCCUGGGAGAGGAGCUGGAGCAGAGCGCCCAGGCUGAAGCUCGAGAGAAGGAACACGCCCGGUACUACCAGCAGAGGCUGCAGGAGAUGAGGCUGGAGAUGGACGAGCUGAGCCAGAGGGAGCAGGACAGCAGCCGGCGCCGCAUGGAGCUGGAGAUGCAGGUGGAGGAGCUCUCCGCCGUGCGACAGACGUUACAGGCCGACCUGGAGACUUCGAUCCGCCGCAUCGUCGAUCUGCAGGCCGCCCUGGAGGAAGUGGAAUCGAGCGACGAGAGUGAGACCGAAAGCGUUCAAACUGCAGUGGAGUCCUUCACUCGAAAAAAAGACCUUGACUCUGUGUCCAGCAUCGGCUCUGUUUGCUCAAAGGACGUCGGAGAGGGCAUUCGCUCCCGUAGGGGCGGCUCUCCCUACAGCAGCCAAGAUGGCCGUCAGUCUGUCACAGACACCAUGAGCACCUACAGCUUCCGUUCUUGUUUGGACCCUGAUGAUGAGGGCUCUGAGGCCGGCCUUGUUGGUGGCGGUGGAGGUGCCAGACAUCUCAGCCGGGCUCCGUCCUCCUCGGCGCUGUCCGAGCUGCUGGACGGACUCCGGAAACGCAGGGCGAGCACAGAGGUGGCAGACGGGGCUGGCAGCACUGUGUCCCUUCCCAUUUACCAAACCACCGGAGCCUCCACUCUCAGGCGGAGGGCCUCGGCUCUUUCCCUCAGUCCGGCGGACGUCCAGGAGCUCCGGCCUGGCCCUGGCAUCCUGAAACCGCCGUCUCCUCUGCUGCCGCGCGCCGCCAGCUCUCGCUCCGUCACCGACUCGGAAAAGCUCCCUCGGUUCAACUCGAGCGGCUCUGCCUCCUCGCUCCCGUCCCUGCCUCGCCUCUCCUCUCUGUCUUCUUCCCUUGCCGCCCGCCAUCCUCCUCCGUCCCUGUCCAUCCCUGAGGAGGACCAGGACGAGCCCCUGCGCUCGGCGGCCGCUCCCUUCCAGCGCUCCCCUCAGCCGCUGCGGCGGUGCAUGCUGGAGAGCGUCGCGACUGCUGCAGACGGAGGCGAGGGGUCCCUGGGGUCGGAACCUAUGGUCUUCCAGAACCGGCGUCUGACUGGCGACGACGACGCUGCCUCAGACAUCCUGCCCGCCAUCCGCAGGGCCCAGUCCACCAGCAGCCUGGCCAGCUCCAUCAAAGGCACCAGGAGGGCGCUGAGCGUCCACUUCGGAGAGCUGCCCCCGUCCACACGCAGCAGGAAGAGCUCUGAGACGGAGUCGUCCAGUUCAGGCGGGUCUGGGGGAAGCUCCCAGGGCAGCGGGCCGCGGCGGAGGCUGGAGCGACCGCAGGGACAGAGGCUGGAGGCGGAGGGGAGCGAAGGGGGAGACGUGGCUUCAGUCAUGAAGAAGUACCUGAGGAAGGAAGUCGAUUGAUGCAGGCCAGGUGAGAUGUAGACAGGAAAUGGAGCGCCGGGUUUCCCUCAGUGGAUCAUAAGCCUGGCGGGCCACCAGGCUGUACUUCCUCCCCCACCAGGCUGAGCAUUGUUUGUUCAUUUUAUUUUUAUACACCAGGAACAUUAACUGCAUUUCCACUACAAUCUUUGUCUAUAUUCUGCUCAUGUUUAAGAAACACAACUUUGCAAGUGUAGUGUUUCCAUUAAAUAAAAAUUCAUUUCAAAUCACAUGUGAAUGAACUUGUUCCCAUGAUAAGUUAUUGAAAAAUUAUGGCAGCAAUGGAUGUAAACAGUUACAUGAGAUAUAUUCAUAAUACAGCCAUAUUGCUAACACUCAUCAUCUGUCAGCCAAUCAGAGAGAUGUCAGCGUCUUAUUGAGGUUUUGGAGCGAUAGGCCCCGCCUACUUGGAAAUAGCUUUGGGGAAAUUGUAAUCUGUGAUUUUACAAAAGAGUUAUGGAUUCAUAACUGAUACACAACUUUUUAUAAACUGUGAUUCUGUGAGCUGUAGUGGAGCCAGAUUCAGCAUCACCUCCUGCUACUUCCUGCUGGGUUCCGGUUAGCUGGAUGUCCACCAGUGGUAACAUUCAGCUGUUGAUCAUGUGACUUGUGUGAUGUGAAAAAAGUUUCUCAAUGCGGCCAUAAAAAAGCAUCUCAACAUUAGAUUUUUUUUUAAAAAUAAAUCUCAUUAUGCAGAUGUAUUUUUAUAACUUAAUUUUGCACAUUUCUAGAGUUGCAGACAGAAUAGACGGAUGAGGCCCAGUUUCUGGGUUGUUGUUUUUUUUUGGGACUGCCUCCGCAUCCGCCUGUUGGCCUCACACGCUAAUAUUUCCAAAUUACGAUGCCAGUGAACCUCUGGAAUUGUUUAGAACUUUGAACAUUUAACUCAGAAACGUGGCGGGCCGCUGGUGGACUUUCCCCGCUGCCAGGCUUCGCAGGUUUCCGGGGCAAACCCUGGAGUGGCGACUGAGGGAACGAUUUCAUUCACACAUCAAGUUAUUCAUGCAUCAAAUGACUUCAAUAUCUGGGCCAUAUUUCCCAAAAGCAUCUUAAGCUGAUUGAGAAAUCCAGCGGAGGGAUCACAGCUGCAGUCACACCAGUGCAGCAUUUUAUUUCUUCAUGACUUAAAACAGGCAGGUCCCUUAUCAACAAAUGAGCCGCCAGCUUUGGCUGUUACUGAUCCCACAGCUUAUCACUGUGUGCUAAAUAUUCACUUCUAUUUCUGUAAAAUAUUGAAGUUCCUCUGAAUUCCACACUCAUUCACAGGAAUUAUAUCAAAAUCUCACGUCUAAUCGAAACCCUCAAUUUAGCUUAUAGUUGAGUACCACCUGAGACCAUUUGUUAAUGGGUUUUAUUGAUUAACCACAUUUUUUGAUUUAUGAAGAUUUUAUAUGUGUAACAUUGUGAUUUAUUUUCACCAAUUCACUCAUUGUGUAGUGUAGGCCAACUCGACACUAAAAAACAUCAUUUUACAAGAAUACAAUCAUAAUACAAUAAAGUCAAAAUAAUACGAGUAUAAAGCUUUUGCAUUACCAGAAUAAGGCUAUAAUAUUAGGAGAAUAAAGUUGAUCAGGACUCCAAGAUGAAAAAUAACACAAAAUAAAUCAACUAAAAUGAGCAAUGUUGAGCAUCUGGUGAAGUUAUACUUUGUUUUUGGUUUUACAAAUGAAGACAUAUUUAAUCUCUUUUAAAAUAUCAGCAUCAAAUUAUUAUCAGUAGCAGGACUUUUAAGGAUGUACUGCGCAUACAAAUAUAUCAAUAAAAUAUAUAUGUGUGAUUUUAAUUUAAUUUAUUUAAUGGAAACAUAAUUUGGAAGUUAUGUUUUAUUGACAGAAUAUUGAAAAAUGUUGCGCACUUUUGUAACAAACUCAGCUUGUGGGAACAUACUGUAAAGUUAUGUCAUAUAAUAAACUCUGGUUGGCUUUUAUUUCAAGGCUUAAAAUUCAAUUUAGAAAUAGAACCAAAAACAAAACUUUUUUUGCAGAUUGUUUCAUUAAAUUUUUUUCAAAUCCAGCAUAUCCAUGCACUUUUAUUAUCAUUAAUUUUUUUGCCUGAAGAAUUCUAUAAAUGUGUUCAGAACACAGCUUUGAGGAGAAAAAUGUGAUCAUUAUCAGGGAAACGCAGCCAUGAUUAUUUUGGCAGCGCUGCGCAGCCACCAUCAGCCACGGCCAUUAAUCACAUAAAACAGAACAAAAUAACAACGUCAUUUUCUCCCAAAUGAGCGGCUCCUGCUGGGGGUCGGUGUAGCAUGACUCAGGCAGAAUUAAAGAUGCCUUUUCGUUUCCAGUCCCGGCUCAACACGAGGAGAGGUUCUCAGGUGGUGGAUGGAUCCGGGCCCGGGCUUGUAUCUGCAGCUCAACAUCAUAUCACACCCUGCUUUCACAUCAACCUUUCUGGUCUGACCAUCAUGUUCUUUUACGCUUUUUUUUUUUUUUUUAAUAUCCCAUCAGCCUCCUUGUGUGUUAGCUUCCAGCUGUGAGCUUCAAAGAGACUUGCAGACCACAGGAUGCUGAAUGAAAAGCUUUGGAAGUCAACGCUGAUGCUUUGGACUCCUCCAGAUAUUAAAGCCACUGGAAAAGCACUCUGUAUUUUCAAAUAUGUUCUGUUUGUAUAUGAUUAAAAAUGAAUGAAUGAUU